AUGCUUUUAUUCAUACUUUCUGCUGUCUCGGAUUCUUUCAAACUACAAAGUGCUGCAAUUCCUGAUUUUUUUGUCGGCGAAAACCAGGCUAAAAAGCUCACACUCGUUGAGGAGCCGUUUGCUGAUGUCUUUCUUUUGGAAUUUGCAGGCCUAAGUAGAGAUGACUUUAUCACCGUUCCGACAAAACAUAGUGUAAUUUGGGAACUUGAUGAAGCUAUGGGUAAUUUGUCCUACACUGAUCUUAAACAUGGAGGAUUGAGUCAAAGAUUCAAGAUGAUAAAAAGGCCAUUUGGAUUGUAUAAGAUUAUGAAUGGAGUAAACAGUUGCAUCACGUUGAACUUCCAAACAGAAGAUUUUCGCAAAAUAACGUGCAAUGACGACGAUCUAAAACAAUAUUUUCGACUAAUUCAGACGUCCAACAGAGGAUUUUAA